ACAGACAUAAUUUUUAGAGAGAUGAAAGAGAGAGAGAAAGGUAUAGCAUUUUAAAGCCAGCUGGGUUAGAUGGAUUUGGAUUCUCAUGGAAAAAAAGAACCCUUUCGUAGGAUUUUGUGUUUAUUUCAGAUCACAUAUAGAGAAAGCGAGUUGAAGAGAGAAAAGAAAAAGAAUAAGUUUUUCAAAAUUGUUGCAAUACUUGAAUUCACGAAACAGAUUUUUGCGACUCCAAAUCACAUCCACUUUGCUUUCUCUUGUUAUUGUUAAAGUAUUGAGAACGAGUUUUCCAGAUGCUAGAACCUUGAGCCAUAGUCAUCAAUCAUUUUGAUGUUGGGGGUAACAUGCUGAGAUAAAAGGGUAUCACCUGAAUCUGUAAAGAAGUUUGUCAAACAUUACGUGAUUCAGAACAGUGAUAUGAGGCUUGAAUCUGGGACUUGUAAUGUGUGCUCAGCUCCUUGUUCAUCUUGCAUGCAUCUGAACCAUGCUCUCACAGGGUCAAAGGCUGUAGAGUUUUCUGAUGACAACUGUCGCUCAGGGGAGGCUAAUAGUCAGAAUUCUAUGAAUGAGAGUAAUGUACAUUCUCUUACUAGCAGAGCUUGUGAAAAUACGCAGCAUGCUGUCAGUGAAGCAAGUAAUAUGCUCAGUGUUAACUCAUGUCAUGAUUCUCUAUCUGAAAAUGCUGAGAGUAGACAGAUCUUGAUGAAUAAGUAUCAGGAUCCCAAACAUUUAGAAGGUCACGACGACAAUACAUCUUGUAUUAGUAGAGCAUCUGAUGCUAAUUUAAGGAAUGCAGAUGGAAUUAAUAUACCUUGUAGUUCAGCUUCAGUUAGUCAUAUUGGGGCAGAGCGAUCUGGGAUUGCUCCAUCCGUUGACAUGUCUUGUUUGGAGAUUCCAUCGUCUAAAGAUGCAGACACUGAUCAUAGUUCACCUAAGGUACAAAGGCUGCAUGGACAAUCUGAAACUGGUAAAUCUCUCUCAGAUAAUCAAAGCUUAAUGCACAUGGAAAGGGGUUCAAAUUCUCAUAUACCAGAAAAAGUUUCAGAAGGCUCUAUUGAGAAUUGCAGUUCAUCAUUAUCCAAAGAGAGUGUACCUAUUGUUAUUUCUGGCGAGAAAAAUACUGCCAGUAAGGAUAACAUUGUUGACGAUAAUUCCAAUGCUUUACUGAAAGUAUGUCCGAAGUCACAAGCAGAUACUGAUAAUGAUGUAUGUGAUGCUAAAGUUGAAGAUUGUAAAUGUUCAGGCCAUGAUGGACAUCUUGAGAAAGCUGAAGAGCUGGUUAAAUCACCUGGCAAACAGGAAUCUCAAUCUGAAAAUGAGAGUGAUGAAUCAGAUGUUGUGGAACACGAUGUGAAGGUGUGUGACAUCUGUGGAGAUGCUGGUCGUGAGGAUCUACUGGCCAUAUGUAGUAGGUGCACUGAUGGUGCAGAGCACACCUACUGCAUGCGAGAAAUGCUUGAGAAAGUCCCUGAAGAGGAUUGGUUCUGUGAGGAAUGCCAAGAUGCACUGGAAACUGAAAACAAGAGACUGGUACUGAAUUGUCUUGGUUCAGAUGUUGAAGAAAAAAAAAUCAUUAAAACUGCUUCCACUUCACAAGCUUCUGGCAAAAGACCUUCUGACAACAUUGAAGUAGCUCCUCCAGCUGCAAAAAGGCAAGCUCUUGAAUUAAGCAAAGGAUCACCAAAGGCGUCAAGCCCCAAGAGAUUGGUUCCACUGUCACGAGAAUCUUCAUUUAAGAACCCAGAUAAGUUAAAAGGGAAGGCUGGUGGUCUUCUGAUGCCUCUCCGUAACCACUCUGGUGGUGAUGACUCAGAGACUGCUCGAUCUCCUUCCAUCGGCCCCCGGAGUCAAAUCUCAAAGAGUAUAUUGUCAAAGUCUAAUUCAUCCAACAACUUAAAUUCCAAGCCGAGAGUCAAACUUGUUGAUGAAGUUUUUCCACCAAGAUCCAAAGGGGGUAAUGAACAAACUUCUAAGAAUAUGGAGUCAACUGCUCGGAUGACAAGCAAAUCGACAUUAUUCAAAUCCUCUAGUUUGGGGCGAUCAAGUGCUAUUGAAUCAAAAGUUAAAAUGCUUUCACCUAAGUCUGCAACUACUCAGGACUUGAAAGUGUCUAGACAUUCAAAAGAAUCAGGUGCAUUCGACCGAAAAUAUCUGUCUAGGAACGAUCGGCCUUCGGCUAGUUCUGUUGUUUCCACACCCAAGGGUGAUCUGAAGGUUACACCUCGUGGUGACACCAUUAUUAAACCUUCAGCAGUUAAUAAUCGAGAGUUGAAGAUUAACCAGGAUGGAAAAUUAAGUGCGUCCUCAAAAUCAUUGAACAAUAUAAGCCGUAAAAGUUUGGAGCCUCAAGGCAGUUCAGAGAGAACAUCAGCCAGUAACGAUGAAGCUAUACAGGAUGCACUGCCUCGUUCACGAGAAACAGCAAACCAGGUUGAGAAAUCCCGAGAGAGUUUUAGUGAUCGUGUAAGGCCAGUUGUUCCCAUUACAUUAAAAAGUCCAUUCUGUCAAAAAUGUGAGGAGUUUGGCCAUUCUCUAGAAUGUUGCACCGCUAGUACUGUACAAGAUUCGGGUGCUGAAAUAUCUGUCACCGCCUCAAGUAUCUCAAAAGAGGAGAUGCAUAAAGGCAAUAGGUUGAAAGCUGCAAUCCAGGCUGCUUUACGGAAAAGGCCUGAAAUUUACAGGAAGAAAGAAGUAUCUAGUCAAACUGAUGAAAUUUCUACUUCUGGCACAGAGUUGAAUUGUGAAGUGACUUCACGGGACCAAGUGUUGGCUUCUAACACACUUAAGAAUAGUAUAUCUACUGAAGAAACUCAUGAACAACAGGAAGUCCUUGAGAAUUCUACGUCUGAUUCUUCCAAAUGUUCAUCUGCCAGCGAUUUGAAGCAACUUAACUCUUGUCCAACUGAUCUUUGUUCCCAACCAGGAAAGUCGGAUUUAGCUGGCUUUAAUGCUCAAAGGCCUUUAGUGAGAGACUUAUCUAAAAAAGCUGUGGCAAUCUCAAGUGCUCUUUCGAAGAUGUUGGCUUUUCCUGAAUAUGAAUACAUCUGGCAGGGUGUCUUUGAAGUGCAUAGAAAUGGAAAGCCUCCUGAAUUAUGUAAUGGAGUUCAGGCACAUUUAUCCUCUUCUGCAUCUCCUAAGGUUCUUGAGGUAGUGACCAAAUUUAGUCCCGAAGUUUCCCUUGAAGAAGUUUCUCGCUUGAGCACCUGGCCAUCACAGUUUCAUCAUGAUGGUGCUAGAGAAGAUAAUAUAGCUCUUUACUUCUUUGCCAGAGAUGUCGAAAGCUACGAGAGACACUACAGGGGUCUAUUGGAUCACAUGAUUAGAAAUGAUUUAGCACUUAAAGGAAUUUUUGAUGGUGUUGAACUUCUCAUAUUCCCAUCCAGUCAACUUCCAGAAAAUUCACAGCGCUGGAAUAUGUUGUUUUUCUUAUGGGGUGUAUUUAGGGGGCGGAGGAUGAAUCGUUCAGAUUCUGCAAAAAAGAUCUGUAUUCCAAGUUUGAAUGCAAUGCCAAUUGAGGAGAAUUCUUCAACUGCUGCUGUGACUUUGUCUGAGCCUUGUUUGUCAAAGCACAAGGAUGAAAAAUCAAUGAAUUGCGACAAAGCAUGCAAUGCACUUCCCUCAACCACUUCCACAGAUCAAUCUCCAAUUUCUGUGAGUAGGAAUACUGAUAUAAAUCGCCAGGCACAUUUAUGUUCACAAAAAGUAAGCUUAGAGAAGCCAAAUGGUAGAAUUGACAGCAAAAUUACAUCAAGGGUUCCAAAAAGCAGUAACCAUUUAUGUCAACAAACGAAAUCCACUGGUUCGUCCCUGAAAGCUAGUGUGCUAGAGGAUGAAUGGCGCAGAGAGUUUAAACCUCCUGAAGAAAUGGGAACAAAUGUAAGUAACAAGGUGGUGGAAGCAAAACCUAUUUCUAACCAGCAAGUGAAGAACGAAAUUUUGGAGAGAAUGAACUGUGAUGAAGAUCAGGUAAGGACUAAAUGGAAACAGAAAGACGAUUGUCACUAUGUUGAUUUGGAGGAAACUAUUGACAGUCAAGAAACAGGCGCUGCAAGCAAUAUUGGUAAGGAUAAAACUUCAGAAAGAAUUAACAUUGAUGAAGAUCAGCAGAGGCCUAAGAGGAAACAGAGAGAUGAUCACUAUAUUGACUUGGAAGCAACUGUUGAAGAUCAAGAAACAGGUGCUGCAAUCAAUAUAACUAAGAAUAAAAUUUCAGAGAAAAUGGAAGGCGAUGAAGAUCAGCAACGGUUUAAGAGGAAAGCAAAAGAAGGUCGUCACUAUAUUGACUUGGAGGCAACUCUUCAGGAGGACCUGUCCACAGAAGGGGUUGAGUACCAGCUACCCAAUGAUAAAGAAGUUCAUCAUGUUGAUCUUUCAGCAGCUGGUUGUCAGAAAAUGCCUUGGAAUGAGGUAAAUGGCAAAUUAAAAAACAGAGAAAGUUCCAGAAAGAAGAUAAGGACAAGUUCUGGUGGGAUUUAUGGACAUUACAGUUCCAGAGGUAGAGACUGUUUUAAUGAUAGUUUGGCACCUCUUGGAAAUGGUCUUGGUUCCUGUUCUUCAGUUGAGGACAAAGGAUGUGAAGAAGCUUCCGAUGAAAAAAUCAUCCGUGAGGACUUUGGAACAAUGGAAAGAACCUUCUUUCCCUUUAAUAGUCAGAAUACCAAUGGCUCACAAUCUGUGCUGAAUGCCAUGCCAUUGAAAGGGAUUCAUGAGCGAGAGGAUGUGUUUCCAAAUCUAGAGCUUGCUUUAGGUGGUGAAACAAAACUACCACCACCCCCUCCUCCUCCUCCCGCCGCUCCUAAAGGUAUGCUGCCUUUCCUAGUUGGGGCAGUUGACAGGAAAAACAACCUUCCAGAUAUUUUGGCUGAUGGGACAGAGGAUGAUGUCGCCGCCGCAUCACUUUCCCUUUCUCUUUCGUUUCCAUCUUCAAACAAGGAACCCACAAAAGCUUCUUCAAAUGCAGAGCUUUUACCUGAUGGGCACCGUGUGAAUCCCCCAUUUCUCCUUUUUGGGAGAUACACAGAUAAAUAAUCUGCUGCUAUAUAUUUCCUGUCUGUCGUGUAAAUUAUCUUGUUCAGCAUAGCCCGUCGUGUAUGAUACAUAAUCAUCCAGCACCCAUGUGAAGGAGCCAAUCCAUCGUCCAGACAACAAAAAGUCAAUAAGUUUUUUUCUUUACUCUGUUAAAUACAUGUUUUUAUAUUAGCUUUUUGUUCUCAUAAUGAAUAGUUACGGCUGUUUGUAAAUAGAGAGAAUGCAAGCCGGCAUAAUUUCUGAAUGUUUGUUACUAGGAACUUGCGGAUGACUAUUUUUAUGGCAGGGUUUCCUCUGUUCCUGGAUCCUUUUUCUGUCUUGUUCAGUGUUAUACCUGGUUAACCACUUAAUGGUAUUAAACAAGUUAUCUA